AUGCUGAACCUCUUGGCAAGGCAUGCAGCGGAAGCCAAGCGCCAGCAGGAGCAGCAGCAGCAGCAGCAGCAGCAGCAGCAGCAGCAGCAGCAGCAGCAGCAAUCGAGCUCUUCAAGCCAGAUUCGGAAUGAUUAUCUCCAAUCCUAUCUUACUCAGGGGGGCCCCCAACAGGGGCCUCUUGACUCAUCUUCUGGGGGCCCCCAAGUAGGGGGCCCCCAUAAAGGGGCCCUGGGGGCCCCCCUGGGGGCCCCCCUGGGGGCCCCUCUGGGGGCCCCCUUGGGGGCCCCCCAAUCAGGGGCCCCUCAAGGGGCCCCUCUAGAGGCCCCUUUAGGGGCCUCCCUGAGGUCCCCUCCGUUGGCCCCCUUAGGAGACCCCCUGGGGGCCCCCCUAGGGCCCCCCCUGGGGGCCCCCCUAGGGGCCCCCCUGGGGGCCCCCCUAGGGGCCCCCCUAGGGGCCCCCCUGGGGGCCCCCCUGGGGGCCCCUCUGGGGGCCCCCUUAGGGGUUUUAGAUAGUGGGAUAAGUGUGCAUCCAAUGAGGGUUGCAGCAAAUGGUUCUGGGAGUUUUAUUUCUUUGAGUGAUGAAUUAAGUAUUCAAAAGGACCAAAUAAACACAAGUGCAGCAGCAGCAAGCAGUGCUGCUGCUGCUGCUGCUGCUGCUGCUGCAGGAGCAGCUGCUGCUCAUGCUGAUUCCAAUUCGCCAGCAGCAGCAGCAGCAGCAGCAGCAGCCGAUAGAGCAGCAGUCGAGGAGCCUGCAGCAGCAGAAGCCGCAGCAGCACAAGGAAGCAGAGCUUCUGACUCGCAGCAGCAGCAGCAGCAGCAGCUGCAGCAGCAGCAGCUGCAGCAGCAGCAGCAGCAGACAGAAAGAAGCAAAAUGAGUUUUCUGGGAGUCAAUGAAAAUAAGGAGACUGGAGACACAGAUCUGCAAUCGUACAUUUCCUUGCUGCGGCAAACAGGGGUAAAACAGCAGCAGCAGCAGCAGCUGCUGCUGCAGCAGCAGCAGCUGCAGCAGCAGCAGCAGCUGCAGCAGCUGCAGCAGCAGCGCGCUGUUGUCUUUGUGUCCGCAGCAGCAGCAGCACAGGGAGAGUACGAAGUUCCUGCUGCUGCUGCACCAGCAGCAGCAGCAGCAGCAGCAGCAACAGCAGCAGCAGCAGCAGCAGGCAGCAGGGGGGUCUCCCAAGAUGACCCGCAUUCUUUGCUGCUGUUGUGGCAGCAGAAAGAAACAAUGGAGCUGAUGCUGGAGGCGCACAAGCAGCAUGAGAACGCAGUGCUGUCGCUGCUGUUGAGUUUGGAGUUGUCUCGAGAGGAAAAGGAAAAGAGAAAAAAUGAUCUUUCCAAAAAGCUCGUGGUGGUGAAGAGUGCGAAGCAGCUCGUCGGCUUUUUCGUUUGA